AUGUCCUCAAACACACCAUCCAUUGUGAUCCCUCCUUCCUACGAGAAGCUUCCGACGACACAUAUCAAGGUAUCUCAUUACCCGGCAGGGGCUGAAACCGCAACACCCGUUGUAGUGGUCAUAUUGAACCGUCCGGAGAAGCGCAAUGCCUUUACCGGGCCCAUGGCGGAGGAUCUGGAGAGGGUUUUUGCCAUGUUUGACUUGGAUGAGCGGGUUAAGGCAGUUGUCUUGACUGGUGCCGGAAAUACGUUCUGUGCUGGUGCGGAUUUGGAAAUUGGAUUCCCGGAGGGACGUGAUGAGAGGCCGGUGGAUCAUAGAGAUAGUGGCGGCCGAGUAGCCCUCGCAAUCCACCGCUGCAGCAAACCAACCAUUGCCGCAAUGCAAGGCUCUGCCGUCGGCGUGGGCAUGACCAUGACUCUACCUGCUGUAAUCAGGGUCGCCCAUGCAACCAGCAAAUACGGCUUCGUCUUUGCCCGCAGAGGCAUCACCAUGGAAUCCUGCUCAGCAUACUUCCUCCCCCGACUAAUCGGCUACAGCAAGGCUCUCUACCUGGUGUCCACGGGAAGUGUUCUUCCCUCCACGUCUCCGCAUUUCGGGGGCUUGUUUGCCGAGACACUCCCCGAGCAAUCGGAGGUCCUGCCGCGGGCGUUGGCGCUGGCGACCGACAUGGCGGAGAAUACGAGCACGAUGGCGAACGGACUGAAUCGGGCGCUUAUCUGGCGGGGGCCUGAGUCGGCAGAGGAGGCGCAUUUGUUGGAUUCGCCGAUUCUUUAUCAUAUGUUUGGGUCUAGGGAUAACAAGGAAGGUGUUGUGUCUUUCUUUGAAAAGCGGAAGCCGAAUUUCAAGGAUACGCUGGUGGAUAAUGGACCGGCGAUUUAUCCUUGGUGGUCUGAGGCGGAUAUUAGCAGGAAGCCGAAGAUUGUGAAGGGGGAUUCUAAGUUGUAG